CGCAGAAGAAUAAGUGAAUAUUUGUGUACGGAAGUAUCUGCUAUUCCCAUGAUUUCUCUUCAGUAAAAGCUCUAAGGCCCUCCGAAAUGGGUACACCAAAAACCUUAAAGAAAGAGAAAAUAAGUGUUGCAAGCGAGAUUGACCGCGUUGAAGAGCGAAAAUUACACUGUAAAAACAGCCUGGAGAGGGCAGAAUUCAGACAGAGAAAAGAGCAGCUCUCAGACAACGACAGGCUGGCCCUGGACGAUGAGAUGACUGUAUUGAAUGAAAGAAUACAGAAAUAUGAAAAGGAGCUGCAGGUGCUGAGAGGAGAGAACAGGAAGAAUAUGAUGCUUUCGGUCGCUCUGUUAGCUAUCAGCGCUCUUUUCUACUACACAUUUAUAUAUUAAGAGGUAUUUUUCUCUAAAGCCAGACAAUGUCAGAGAAUGAGAUUUGGGGAGUCUGAUAUCCAUUCAUACCCAUCAGUGUGCAACACUAGUUUGUUCAGGGGUUGUGAGUUUGGUCUAAUCUUCAUCUUGGCCUCAAUGUCUUGGAUUGUUGCAACUCUAUAGUUUGCUUGACAUGUGACAAAGAGACAUUAGAUUCUUGUGCAUAAGAGAGACACAGAAAAAUGGGAUUAUGCAUGUUUAUAUGAUCCUCAUUGUGGAACACUUCACCCAAUAAUGACUAAAUGUUUCUCUCCAGAUCACUGUUUAUUGCAUUUCAACAGGACUAACAUGCACAAAGGUGGGAGGGGCAGAGGGUGUUAUUCCAUCCAAAAAUAAAAUUUAUCAACAAAAUGUUCAGUUGAAAUAAAAAAACAGCCAUCAAUAAAAUGCAAUACUGUCCCAUGAAA